AUGGCUUCGAGCGACAGGCCCGCUGUCGCCUCGGGCGCUGACGUCGGCGAUGCCUUGAGGCGUCGCAAUGUGCCCGGCGCCCAGCCCGCUGCCGCACAACAGCAACAGCCCCAGCCCGAGGAACAGAAGAAGGAGAAGAAGGGCCCCUCUAUCCUCCAGGUUUUCGAUGAGUGGGAGUGGGUUAUUGCUCCUGUGAUCUUCACAGCUCUCGCCUUCUUCACUCGGCUCUACAAGAUCGGUCUCUCCAAUAUCGUGACCUGGGACGAGGCUCAUUUCGGCAAGUUCGGCAGCCACUAUCUAAAGCGCGAGUUCUACUUUGACGUUCAUGCAAGAAAGCUUUUGGUUGGCCUUAGUGGCUGGCUUGCUGGUUACAAUGGCUCCUUCGAGUUCAAGUCGGGCGAGACCUACCCCGCGGAGGUUAAUUAUACAUUCAUGCGCCAGUUCAACGCCUUCUGGGGCGCUGUUUGCGUGCCCAUGGCCUACUGGACUGCUAAGGAGCUCCAUUUCAAGCGCCCGACUGUUUGGCUCGUCACUCUGAUGGUCCUUUGCGAGAACUCGUACACCACCAUCAGCCGCUUUAUCCUGCUCGAUUCAAUGCUCUUGUUUGGUACCGUCGCUACUACGCUCUGCUGGGCCAAGUUCCACAACCAGCGCAAGAAUCCCUUCGAGCCCGAAUGGUUCUUCUGGCUGUUCAUGACUGGUCUGAGCAUUGGCUUCGUGUGCAGUGUCAAGCUGGUCGGUCUUUUUGUCACCGCGCUUGUUGGCCUCUACACCAUUGAAGACCUGUGGAACAAGUUCGGUGACACCAAGAUGCCUUGGUCUGAGUUGGCUGCUCACUUCUUCGCCCGUGUCGUUGGCCUCAUCAUCCUGCCCUUCCUCAUCUAUCUUCUCAGUUUCGCCAUUCACUUUGCUGUCUUGACCAACAGCGGCCCGGGUGACGCCCAGAUGCCUUCGCUGUUCCAGGCUAAUCUGCGGGGUACCUCUGUCGGCAGAGACAGCCCCCUGGAGGUUGCCUAUGGUUCACUGGUGACCAUUAAGAACAUGGGCUAUGGUGGUGGCCUUCUUCACAGCCAUGUUCAGACCUACCCGGAAGGCUCGACGCAGCAGCAGGUGACCUGCUACCACCACAAGGAUGCGAACAACAACUGGUUCUUCUACCCGAAUCGCCACGACGUCCCCUAUGACCCAAAUGCUCCGCCCCGUUUCAUUGGCAACGGCGAUGUCGUCCGCCUGCUCCACGCCCAGACUGGUCGCAACCUUCACUCUCACACUAUUCCGGCCCCGAUCACCAAGUCCCAAUGGGAGGUUUCUGGCUAUGGCAAUCUUACAGUUGGUGAUGACAAAGACCACUGGCAGAUUGAGGUUGUCAAGGACACUGCAUCUCGUGACUACAGCAGGAUCCGCACUCUUACCACAGCCUUCCGCCUCAGGCAUAAGGUUCUGGGCUGCUAUCUGCGUGCUGGCAAUGUUAAUCUUCCUCAGUGGGGCUUCAAGCAGAUUGAGGUCACUUGCACUAAGGAUAAUAACCCUCGUGACAAGUACACACACUGGAACAUUGAGCAGCACACCAACGAGAAGCUGCCCCCUGGCAACCCUAGCCUGUACAAGUCGCCCUUCUUCCAGGAUUUCAUUCACCUUAACGUUGCCAUGAUGACCUCUAACAACGCGCUUGUCCCUGACCCGGACAAGCAGGAUGACCUUGCGUCCAAGUGGUGGCAGUGGCCCAUCCUCCACGUCGGUCUUCGCAUGUGCAGCUGGGACGACAAGGUUGUGAAGUACUUCCUGCUGGGCAACCCGGCAGUCUACUGGGGCUCGACGGCCAGCCUGGUGGUGUUCGGCGGUCUGGUGGCCUGGUACUUGAUCCGGUGGCAGCGCGGCUACCGCGAGCUUUCGGCCUCUGAUCUCGACCAGAUUCACUACGCCGGCGUGUACCCGGCCGUGGGUUGGUUCCUUCAUUACUUGCCCUUCAUCAUCAUGGCGCGUGUCACGUAUGUGCACCAUUACUACCCGGCCUUGUACUUCGCCAUCUUGACUUUCGGCUUCCUGGCGGACUGGUUCCUGCGGAACCGUGGUAAGGUGACGCAAACCGCUGUGUUCGGCGUGCUUUAUGCCGUCGUCAUUGGGCUUUAUAUUUACUUCAUCCCCAUCUGCUUCGGCAUGACUGGACCAAACAAGAAGUACAGGUAUAUGAAGUGGUUUGACAACUGGAGGAUGUCGGACUAG